UCAUAUCAGAAACAAAGUAAAUCUACGACAAACUGUCCCUCAGACAAUUACAUCUAUGUUAAAAAGUUCCCUUUAGAUUCUGUAGGACACGGAUGCCAGCAUCGCACUCCCUCUCAACAUUAACUCUUGUGUGCAAUGCUAAUGCAAACAUUAAAUCAGCAGUUUCUCUGAUGUUUGUGCACAUCAGAUGAAUGUCGUAGGCUCCAGAAAUUACAGAACAGACUUCUCUCCCAAGUGUUCCCAAUUUCCCACCCUAAAUGGGUUACAUAAGCCCUACUUAGUGGUUCUUUUAAUUUAUGACGGUUUCUUUUAAUGGUGAAAUGUGUAAUUUAAAAAAGUUAGAAAUAGUUUUUCUAAACUUGCUCUGGAAAGCGAAGGAGAAUUUCUCCAUUUUUUUUUUUCACCCAAACAUUGCAUAAUAGUAGAAAUGUCAAAGAUUUCCAUGGGGCUUAAUUUCAUUCUUCAUGUGGCUGUGGUCAUACCAGCAGUUUGAACACUGCAGGGGUUGGCAGAUUUUUGGAAGAUCACGCAUCCUGGGAUAAGUUUUCAGCCUAAGCUUCACCAAAGGAUGCCAGUGGCCUGAUUUUUCAAGUUGUGGUUGUAUUAUUAUAUGCUUGUCUUUUUUUUUUUCUUUUAAAGGGAGGAGGAGGAAAAAAAAAAAGGUGCUGGCUGGUAAUUGGGUAUCAUAGUGCGGCCCCGAGCCUGGUGUGUGGCGUGAGAACCUGUAGAACAUUACCUUCAACCAUUUCAGAGAAGAAAAGUGUCGGAGUGCCCUCAUCUCCUGGUGGAUCAAGUAGUGACAUCUGUACAUGCACUCUGCAUCUCUGCUGCAUUAGCGUGGCAUUAAAUAUCCCUGCUGUAACAACUGUUUCCCAGGAAGGUGGUGCUGAGCUUCCUGUUUCACAGCUCCUGUUCCCAUUCUGCCUUGGAAGAACGUAAUGUGACAAAGCCUUCAGUAAAACCAGAGCCUGAAGGAAAUAUCAGGUGUUAACAUCCAAUAAAAAGCUAACGCGGUGGAAUGAACUGGGAUUGCGAGGUACCUCUUGUAUGGCUGAGGCAGGAACUGACCAAAUGCAGCGUUUUUAUGAUGGUGACAGCUUUCUGCUCAACAAUUAAGUGCUUGUGCUGCAGACUGAGAAAGCCGCAGAGCUGCCUUGGCUCGGAGCUGGGAGACGUCAUGGAUUCCUGAGUGUGAAGUUUGCAGGAAAGCCCUCGGUUUGGGAGAUGGAGGCGAUCCAGGGGUUUCCAUGGCACUGGGAUAAACAGGAGGAAACAGUGAGGGAAUCCCGUUAUUUUACAGCAUUCAAAGACUAUAAACACUCGGAGCAGGGAAGGAAGUGGCCUUUCCCUCUCUAGUAACCCUCAUCUCAGAGCAGAGAACUGACUUCACUUCAGGAACAAGCUCAGCCCAGUUCGGAUCCCUCUUAGCACCUCCAAACGCUUACAGAGGAGGCAAGCAGGAGGGGUUCCCUCUGUCUGGGCAGCACCGGUCGAACAUGGUUUAAAGAAGACUUUUUUCCUCUUCUUUUUUCAACUGAUAAUUUUUUUUUAUUUUUUAUUUUUUAUUUUUUUUUUUAAUUUAAAUUCCCGAUGCAGAGAGAAACUGCCUGCAGGCUGCUUCGUUACCACCACAUCAUGAGGUCUAUGGAUCAAGAAGAACCGACUCCACAUAAAACCAACAGCCCACCCUCUGGAGUUGCAUACGCUCAUGAUGUCCUGGACUGUGGCCUCAAGCCAUGCCCCCUGCCUUUUCCUAGCCUUUCUGCAGAUCCCAUGGGCAGAUAUGGACAGCCAGAUAGCAUAGGGACAGCACCUACACACCCUGCGAGCGCCGCAGGGGCCUCUGCUCCGAGUCCUAGGAUUGAAAUUACUUCAUAUCCUGAACUGAUUAAUUCAGGGGGUCCCUUCCGCAGCAGAGACACCGAUGUUCUUUUGGUAGAACAUCAGUCAAACUCAGCUACCACUAGCCCAAGGGUUACCCUGCCCGUCCCUGGCUUUGAGGGCUACAGAGAACCACUGUGUCUGAGCCCAGCUAGUAGCGGCUCUUCUGCAAGUUUCAUUUCAGAGACAAAUUUAUCUCCUUGCACAUCACCAUGUGUUUCACCAAAUAAUGGUCCUAGUGAUGACCUUUGUCCGCAGUUUCAAAACAUCCAUACUCAUUAUUCUCCUAGAACCUCUCCAAUAAUGUCACCACGAACAAGCAUCACGGAGGAAACCUGCUUGGGACAACAUUCACCAUCACCACGUCCCAACUCAAGGUCUUCAUCACCAGGUGCAAAACGGAGGUACUCUUGCACUCAGCAGCCUUCCACCUCUCCACGACAGUCAAGGACCCCCUCUCCACAGUCCUCUCCGCGCAUCCCCCUGAGGGAAGACAGCUCUACGCUUACUUACACGCAGUUGUCCAGCGCUCCUCUUUCCAUGGAUGCUAUGAACAGCCUUCCUACAGAUCCUUCCUGUGGUGUUCCCACCAAAAUUUGGAAAACCAGCCCUGACCCUUCAUCAAUGCCUUCCCACAAAAACAGCAUUCCGUGCCACGUCUUUCAGACUGUUGACUUCCACGGGCCCUGCGAGCAGGAGGACAGGAGAAACUCAGCGCCAGAAUCGAUUCUGUUGGUUCCUCCGUCCUGGACAAAGCAACUGAUGCCAGCAAUACCUAUCUGCAGCUUGCCCGUCCAGUCUCUGCCGCCCCUCGAGUGGCCGCUCUCCAGCCAGUCUGGCUCCUACGAGCUGCGCAUCGAGGUGCAGCCCAAGCCCCACCACCGCGCGCACUACGAGACGGAGGGGAGCCGAGGGGCUGUGAAGGCCCCGACUGGAGGCCAUCCUGUGGUCCAGCUUCACGGUUACAUGGAGAACAAACCAUUGGGUCUUCAGAUCUUCAUCGGGACAGCAGAUGAACGGAUACUCAAACCUCAUGCUUUCUAUCAAGUCCAUCGCAUUACAGGAAAAACUGUCACCACCACCAGCUAUGAAAAAAUUAUUGGCAACACCAAAGUUUUAGAGAUCCCACUGGAACCCAAAAACAACAUGAAAGCAACCAUUGACUGUGCGGGGAUUUUGAAGCUGAGGAACGCGGACAUCGAGCUGCGUAAGGGUGAGACGGACAUUGGCAGGAAGAACACCCGCGUCCGGCUUGUCUUCCGCGUGCACAUCCCUGAGUCCAGCGGCCGCAUCAUCUCUCUGCAGGCAGCAUCAAACCCCAUUGAGUGCUCCCAAAGGUCUGCUCAUGAACUUCCGAUGGUUGAAAGACAAGACAUUGAUAGCUGCCUCGUGUAUGGAGGGCAACAGAUGAUCCUGACAGGACAGAAUUUCACAGCGGAGUCCAAGGUGGUGUUCACAGAGAAAACUUCAGAUGGGCAGCAGAUCUGGGAAAUGGAGGCGACAGUGGAUAAAGAUAAGAGCCAGCCUAGCAUGCUCUUUGUAGAAAUACCGGAGUACCGGAACAAGCACAUUCGCACACCUGUGAAGGUGAAUUUCUAUGUCAUCAAUGGCAAAAGAAAAAGAAGCCAACCCCAGCAUUUUACCUAUCACCCAGUACCAUCAAUCAAAACAGAGCCCAUUGAUGACUAUGAUCCAGCCCUAAUCUGCAAUACAGUACACAGUGGUCUGGGAACAGUCACACAGCCGUACUAUUCACAGCACACAAUGGUCACCGAAUCCCCUUCCUGUCUUGUGGCCACUAUGGCUCCCUGCCAGCAGUUGCGCUCGGGCCUUUCUUCUCCUGAUUCUCGAUACCAUCAGCAGAAUCCAGCUGCAGUAGUAUACCAAAGAAGCAAGAGCCUUAGCCCAAGCCAGCUGGGCUACCAGCAGUCCGGUUUGAUGGCUACACCGGUUGCAAUUUCAGAUGCCCAUAGGUCAGUGCUAGUGCAUGCUGGUUCCCCAGGCCAAACUUCAGCAGUGCUCCACCACUCUCCAGGCAACCAGCAAUCUUCUCCAGUGAUUCACUACUCUCCAACCAACCAGCAGCUGAGGUGUGGAAGUCACCAGGAAUUUCAGCACAUUAUGUGCUGUGAAAAUUUUACGUCCAGUGUUGCAAGACCAAGCCAGCCCCAAGUCAGUCAAGCACAGAGAUUAAGUCCGAGUUCAUAUCCUACCGUGAUCCAGCAGCAGACAGCUUCAGGCCAGCGGGCAGCCAAAAAUGGACAACCAGUCAGCGACCAGAAAGAAGUGUUACCAGCUGGAGUCACUAUUAAGCAGGAGCAGAAUUUGGACCAAGCGUACCUGGAUGAUGUUAAUGAAAUUAUCAGGAAGGAAUUUUCUGGACUCCCUGCCAGAAAUCAGACAUAGAAGAAGAUUUGUGAGACAGCUUCUACCAAAUCCUUCCAUAACUGACCUCUUAGAUCCUUCCAGUGCCCCUGCAACCUCCUGCUUCCUUAGCUGUUCAUCUCAAGGCACCAGUUCAAUGCAAGGAACAAUGUACUGGCAUCAAGCUGACAGCCUUGACUAAGCAACUCGCCACCUCUCUCUGUAAACAUGGAAAAGGGCACCCUUCCUUUCGUCCAAAGAUCGCAUUGUUCUCAUGUAACAGAGCAUCUGUCUGAGGAAACACUUCAAGCCUGCUGCAAAAAUCUAGCUAUGUAUCGAUGCAUCUAUCUCAGAAUUAGGGAGAAGUAAGAUGGCACUCCUGAAGGCCACACAAAGCAAGGGAGGUUAUAUAUUAGUCUUUAUUUGGGUGGGGUGGGAAACAAGGGAAGAAAGAGUAAUAUAUUCCAUAAAAGAGCAGCGCUGUGCAGCUCACUAACAAUGACUUGCCUUCCAGGUCGCAAAGCCCUUCUGAAAAAUUUUGUUGUAGGAAACUGAGGCAGCUCAAGCUCACUCUGCCUUUAUCCAGUCUGGGAGUAGAGGUUGUAUUUUCUCACUCUGAGCACCGUGAUCAGUAUUUCAAGCAGUAGACGUCAACAGAAUCCGGCAAUUUUCUCCAUUUUUUCUUGUCAGAUUGAACAGGGAUUUGGUGGAGAAGGAUGCUCUGGAGAGCCAGUAAAAAGAGCAGUUCAGCAGCUGCUACACCUAUCUCAAGGUAAAUGAAACCCACGUAAACAGAGAUGAAUGUACAGGAGUCACAGUAAACCCAAAUAUUUUAUGACCUGUCCUCAUUUAGGCAGCAUACGAACACAUCUUACGUAUUUUCUCCCCAAUAAAUUGCUGCUGUUUCUUCUCAUGUAGAGCCCGCUGUUGGCCGGUACCUUGUCUCAUGUAGCAGCUGUAAUGUUUAACCACACAAGCUGCAGAGGAAAAUAAUUGCAUUUCACAGAAGCUGUAUGUUCAAGAAAAAGUAUACACUUUUAAUACUCUAUCUUCAGCACUGCAAAGCUACCAGCAGCUUCUGGAAAGGUUAAAAUUCCAUGCGAGGUAGCAUGUAAGGUUUUGCUUUGUGUGUUUGAAUGUAAUGUACUGACAAAUGCCAAUCACAGUAAGAGCUACCUGCAGCCUGCAGCCGUACAGCUAGCAAGUUUGUAAGAUUUCAGUGCAUCUCUGGUACCCCAGUGGGAUGAAAGCACACCUGGAGUGACUGAUCUCUGCAGUAGGAGGCUGCUGCUCUGUGGGCAGCAGUGGUUUGUGAAUGAGGAAAGCUGCGUUGUUAUGGGCACUGAGCCUGAACUCGUAGAAAACACAGCAAACCUGCCCUGUUCUCAGCUGCUUCACAGCAGACUUCAGCAGUGUGCCCACGUGCUCACAGCAGCCACUGGGUCACGUGAAUAUUGAAGACCAGCAGAGCAGCUGCCUGGUUUGUUCCCCAGUACUGCAAGAAAGAUGCUUGCACCAAUCCCACAGCCUUCUGCAGGAAUAAAACUGAGGCUGCGGUGCCUUCUGCAUAGUUUAGUUAUUGUUAAACAGCAUUUAUACUGCACAGCACUUCAGCUGGUUCACACGCCCCAGAUGAGCCACUUUUUCAAUUGUUUAUAACCUGCCAUAUUGUUGAAAUCUACCACCCAUCAUGUAUUUUUAAUGCAUUUUAAUGGAUUUUUCAUUUUGAAAACUUGCUAAUGCCAACAGUUGCCUGUCAGAAAUUCUUUACCGCAGCUGAGCAAAAGAGCCCAGAUGGGUCUCUUGGCUUGGAAGGACCAGAAAUGGCCAUCUAGUUUUCCCUGAUCCAACCUCUAAGGGUAAGACAGGAGAAAUGAAAAAAUACAAAAAUCCAUUCAGAGCAAACCAAAGUCCCCAGGUAACUGACAGAAACAUUUCUUUUGCUGGAUCUCAAAUGAAAUACCAAAGAAUGUGAGCUUCUUUCCAAGUCGGGAGCUCUUGCUGCUUUCUGGUGGCUGUCAGAACACAGCUGGCCGUGGCAGUGCCCUCCGUCAGAUCCCACACACCGAAUCCCCAGCAGCCCUCCCUGCAGCAUGCAGUUGCACUACGUGUGUUUGUGCUGUUGACUGAUUUUGUCAAUUUUUGUCCCCCAGUGACCAUUUAAGCAUCUUUCUCCCCUUGUUGCUCUGAGGCAUAGCCGUAUAAAGCAGACAAGAAGGCAUGGAGCCUUGCAGAAGGCAGUGAGCCCUCAGCAGGAGCCACGCAGGCUGACCCCGAGCCCUGCAGGGCUCCUGAGCAGGAUGUGCCCUCACCUGAGCAUGAACUGGAAGGUCAGAUGCAUGCUGCUCUGGGCUGUUCUUUUGGGCAGUUUGCUUUGGAGAGCAGGAGAGGGGUUUAUAUAUAUAUAUUUAAUAUAUGCUACAAGUGCUUUACUCAUGCUUGCACUAGCUGUAUUUCCUCCUCCUUUUUAAAGGCAUAGAUACUAAUCUGGACAUGUGUUAGGGUAGAGGCAUAUACAUGUCUGUCUAUAUACUAUAACCACGUAAGAGUAGAUGGUUAUAUAUAUAUGUGUACACAUCCAUCUGUGCUUCUCUCUGACCACACACACCAGUCCUACAGCUGGCUGCAGCCGCGCAGACCUGCUGCCACACAAAGCCAGCUGCUGGAGCGAGGGUUCGUAUGAUGUACAUAAUAUAGACUACAUUUUAGUGGUUUUAUCUACAGCUACGUCAGGUCAGGCUGUGCUACUCUUACCUGCUUUUACAUCCACCGUUAGUUACAUAGAACAGCUUUAACCACUUUAUAUUUAUUUCUGGAGAGAAGGAGUAUCCUCAGACAUAGCGACAUACGUUGUUGUCUCUUUUUAAAAAGAAAACUGAUGUGUUACAGAUAUAUAGCUAGGCUGAAGAACUUCAGAAUACGCAGUACUAAAUUAUUUCCUGUUCUCGCUGAGCAGUGUUCUGCAGUAUUAAUACUUGUGGCAUAACACGCCUCGCUCUCUUUCUGUAGAAGCAUUAGAUUAACCUCGGAAGAGUUAAUGCCAUUCUGUGAGCAAUUUGUUCUCACUUUAUCUGGAUGAUAGCCAUAUUUGCACAUGAGGAAAUUCUGUCUUUCCUCAGUUAUCUGAAUGUUUCACCACAGUGCCUUCCUGCCAUUGUACCAAAGGCCUCCUUGUGUGCAGGGUGUACAACUCUAAUGCAUUUUCCAUCAGAGUUAUACCAUGUGAAGUACGUGGGGCUCAUUGGAACUCAAAGUUCAUCUCUUUCUUUUUUCUGUGCGUGUGCAUUUUUAUACUUCGUUUUUUCCAUCCGAGCUUUGGCUGCAAGUACAGGAUGAGCUUCUAUAAACGUCUGCAUCAAAUAUACGAAUGCGUAAAAUAAAACCGUCGUUCACGACGUGUAAACAGUCUAAGAGUGGAAUGGGAGUGGACAGAUACCAGGGAGAUGUUUUUGUGUCAGUUAUGAGUGUCGGAAGCACAGUUUGCCAGGAGAGGAAUUGCUCGUGAAGGCAAUGAAAUACGAAGUCCUGUUUUCGUUUUUCUCCAUGAGAAUAAGCAAAGUGGAAGAUCUGAGCUGCGAUGGGAUGAAGGUGUCUAAUGUACGUGUUGUUCCUGGGAGAAAGAAUGUAGAAGAGCCAUGGGUUUUGCACUUGCUUUGUUUGUAUCCAUGUAAAUAUGUAUCACUUCCAUUCUUCUUGUAGGGAUACAGCAUUUUCUGAAUGUAGAAUAUUUCCAGAAACAGCACUAUGUUAUUCUCUAUUGUAUAAAAUGCUGCUGCUUUAUAACAUAUCUAAAACGGUUCUCAAAUUAGCUAGCAUGUUUUUACAAUGUAUUUUGUAAUCCGUAUCUUUACGAAAAAAAGUGUCUAUGCUUUUGGUCUGGCCAAAUAUGCAACAGCUUUUGAAUUAAGGAUAGUAUUUAUGAAGGGUGGAUCUUCAUUUGUUGAUGCGCAUUAAUUUUCUAUGCAAUUGUUGUGGAAUCGUUAUUGCCCCCCAAAGUCAUAUUUGAUCCAUUUCCCAAAGACUUCAAAGACAACUUUAAACACUUCCGAAGCACGUUUCUAAAUAUUUCAAUCUUUUUGUCCCCGUAUUUCUUUCCAGACUGCUUUCUAAUAGAGAACAAUUACCUGCCAGAUGGGAUUCAAGGAAAUGACUCUCAUCUUAUUUUCAGAUUUUGAAUUGAUUCGCAUCUUCAUAAAGCUUACACCACAUGAAAUCACCUGGUGUUCCCAUUUACCUGCAGUUCUCUUGGUUAUUCACAUGGCAUUUGAGUGAACUGCAGAUUCCCCAGAAAUUGACUGUUUUCCUCACUGUUUACAUCGCACUGAUUCCAUGUGUGUGUGUGAGGCACCUCACAGUGCCCACUGUGACACACGGGGAGUGACAAUCCUUUAUUCAUCUCAGUUCAGAAACAGUAAUCCACCUGUUGGAAGCUGGCAUCUGUCCUUCACGUCUGCUACUUUUAUCAGUGCAGCAGUGACAGUCGGUAGGAAUGUCUUUAACCAGCACUCAGUAUGUAACCCAUCUGGUCUAAGAGCCAUUCGUUUUGCCAUUUUCCUUGUUCCUGGUAUACAGAAAUAAAUAAAUUGGGACCAAACCAACAUCGCAGUGCAAAUUGAAGCGAAGAUGCUGACAUUCUAACAGAUCAAACGAGUCACCUGGGGAAAAAGCUCACGUUUCUUUCCAAUCACUCAAAACAGCCAAAUGGAGCAGAAAGUUCUAGAAUGGCUGAGUCACCAAAUGAAUAAUGUUCCGUAUCACCAGCUGGUGGGAUGAGCGGUCAUUCCUCCAGAGCUGCAAGGACUGAAGAGCUGUUGUAGCAGCGCUGCCAGUCCCUGUACACAGCAGUGUGGUGAGAGCUGGGAUUCACAGCCAGGUACCAGACAGGGGCACUGCUGCGUCCUGGCUGGGACCUGUGUGUGUGUGUGAGAUGAUGAUGUGUUCCCCUGGCUCAGGACACCCAGGUCUCCUUGCAGACACUCUCUGUGCAAAGCCCCGUUAGCAGAUACACAUGCAAAAAAGCAAUCAUCUCUCAGAUCAUUCUAGCAGAUGUCUUUUUAAUCAAACUGUUCAAAAGCCUAACUAAGAACUAAAAAAGAGUUCAUAUCAUUUACAUUCCUACAACAACAUGGUUAACCUCCAAUGUAAUUUUUUUGCUAUCGUCUGUAAAAUAUUUUUAUAUAUUGCCUGUACUGUGGUAGAUUAGCAAUAAAUGAGAGAAUAUCAUCUGC